AUGUAUCAGAAAUACAUCGGUUUCAGUCUUCUUCAUCAAGUUCAAGUUUUAGCCGAAAGCGAUCCUUCAGUAUGCAUUUUAAUUUCUUUUUUAAAACUUGAAAAGGUAUCUGUCGUCCAACCCCUGCAUCAACGUCGAAAAACUUUGGGAAGCUGGUUUUUUGUCAGACACACUAUUGAUGUGCGAUUUUUUUAUCCAACACUUUUCAAACAGCCUAUAGCCUAUCCUCCUUCAGAUCGUCACUUUUUUCGGUGUGUAUGCGGGCGGCUUAUUCUAGUCCCAAUAUAUGUUGAAUCAGUGAUUUGUCCAAAAUGUCAGAUUCAUCUCCUUUUACCCUAUGCCAAAAAUUCUAAAGAUAUAGUUAGACAGCGCUAUUAUAGCGAUAGCGCAACAGAAGAAGGGGGCAGAUAUGUUCCAAAGAAUAGGAAACUGAUUAAUCAUGAUGAAAAACAGACAUACAUCCAACGCAAUACGAGAUCAAAUGAAUUCCGGUGUGGUGUCUGUAGUUUUCGUUUCUUCACUUGUCAAGCGCUUGGUCUAGCAGCAGACGUUUGUCCACAGUGUAAAAGUCCUUCAUCAGCUAGUCCUUAUUUUGCAAAAGCUGAAGGUUAUAAACUAUUUAUUUAUUGUUUGUGUACUAUGUUAAUAAUUGUUUUCACAUCAGUGAGUGCACUCAGCUUGCUUUCAUUCUUGUUUCUUCUCUUAUAA